AUGGAACAAGUAUAUAACCAUACUCAAGAUAAGCCAUCAUAUCAUGCUGACGUACUCAAAGCUAAAGCCCCUGAUAUAAAGGAUAAGGCCCAAGCAGUUAGCUCAACUGCCGACAGUCAUUCUAGAACGGAACUUACCGCCAUUAGGGAGACUGAUAUCCAAGGCGAUAGUAAAAAAGGUAGCCAACUCCAGAAUAAAGCAAACCAAUUAAAGCGGGAGACCACAAAUCUUUACACAGCAGCCGAUGCAAUAGUGACUGAGGCUGCUCUCCCUACUAGCCCACUUAAUCCACUUAGAGAUGAUGCCGAAAAACUUAGGGAUGCAGCCAAGAAAGAUCCUGGUGAUACCACUGGUCUAUACGGUGCUGCACAACUAGCCACUCAUCCUACUGGUACUGGUGGUCUUGAUGGUAAGGCCAAAGAUGUCAUAAACAAGUUUGAAUUAGUCGCUAGUGCAUACGGAGCACUAAUGGCAUCAGCUAAAGUAAUUCAGAAAGAAACUGAUCCUAAGGUCACUGCUGUCGACACCGCCUACAAAGAUCUCAAGGGUAUCUACGACAGGAUGUUAAACCUUACCAAACUACAUAAAGCAGCCAAUGAUCUUCAACAGGCUGCUAGUACACUUCCUGCACUUUCAGGUCCAGCCGGCACUCUAGCCCAGGCUGUCAAAACUCUACGUGAUAACGCUGUUCCUGGUAAUAAUUAUGAAAAUGCCCAAACUGUAAUACAAAACUUCGAAAAGGUAGAAACUGCAUACAGCCAACUACCUGAGGCUGAGACGGCUAGUGUUAAGGAUAAGUUUGAGGCUCUCAAGACAGUAUAUAACUCGAUUCUAAACUUUGCCAAGAUCAAAUACUACUCCACACAACUUGCCACUGCAGCCGAACAACUUUCAAAUUCUGGUGUUAAUCCCGAAGAGGUAAUUACCAAUUUCAAUGCAGUCGCUACAGCCUACAAACAACUAGGAGAGACUGAACAGAAACAUGUUCAAUCUCAAUUCGAUGAUCUUCAAAUAGAGUAUUCUAGGGCUAUAUAUUUUUAUAAGUGGCAUUUCAUAACAUUACUACCUUCCUAA